GCAUGAAGCAUGGAGAGGAACAGGAGGACGCCACAGUCCCAGCAGCAUCUCUUCUGCUCCUUGACACCUCCACUUCGUGGCUCCAUAUCUGGAAGUCAGACUUGCAAACCAACAGGCCGACGCACAUCCCUUUUUUUCUCUUCCAAGAAACACCCAACUCUCGGCUGCACUCCUCCAGCCCCUGCGGCCAGCGCUCGGCGGACACCUGCGUCCUGAGGCUGCCGCACGGUGCGGCGUUGAGCAUCCUCGCCGAGGUCCUUUCUGCUCUCUGUCCCUCCUCCGCCCCCUCCAUCACACCUGCUGGUCUUCUUUGCCUCUUUUUCCCACAAUCGUCAAGCCCCCAAAUCCAGCCGGCGCCUCUUUAGCAACCUCGCCCUUCCCGGUCCCCGCGCAUUCCCAAGUGCCGGGUCUCCCCCGCUGUCAUGAGCUCCCCCAUCAGCAAGAGCCGCUCCCUCGCCGCCUUCCUACAGCAGCUGCGCAGCCUCGGGCAGCCCCCCAGAGCCGUGACCUCCAGGGCGUGCGCGCCCGCUCAGCCGCGGGAGGUGCCUCUCUGCCCGCUGAUGGAGCGCGACGAGGCGCAGAACGCCGCCGACCUGCCCGGCCCCAUCAAGUGGCCACUGCUGGGCAGCCUGCUGGAGAUUCUCUGGAAAGGCGGGCUCAAGAAACAGCACUACACGCUGGCGGAGUACCACAAGAAGUAUGGCAAGAUUUUCCGCAUGAAGUUGGGUUCCUUCGACUCGGUGCACCUGGGCUCGCCGCGCCUGCUGGAAGCGCUGUACCGCACUGAGAGCGCUUACCCCCAGCGGCUGGAGAUCAAACCCUGGAAGGCCUAUCGCGACUAUCGCAAGGAGGGCUACGGGCUGAUGAUCCUGGAAGGAGAAGACUGGCAGAGGGUCCGGAGUGCCUUUCAAAAGAAACUAAUGAAACCAGUGGAAAUUAUGAAGCUGGACAACAAAAUCAAUGAGGUCUUAGCUGAUUUUAUGGGUAGAAUAGACGAGCUCUGUGAUGAAAGAGGCCACAUUGAAGACUUAUACGGCGAACUGAACAAAUGGUCAUUUGAAAGCAUCUGCCUUGUGCUGUAUGAGAAGAGGUUUGGGCUCCUUCAGAAGAACGCAGGAGACGAAGCUUUGAACUUCAUCAUGGCCAUCAAAACCAUGAUGAGCAUGUUCGGGAAGAUGAUGGUGACCCCGGUCGAGCUACACAGGAGCCUCAACACCAGGGUCUGGCAGGCCCACACGCAGGCCUGGGACACCAUUUUCAAGUCAGUGAAAUCAUGUAUCAACAACCAAUUAGAGAAAUAUUCGGAGCAGCCCAGCAUGGGUUUCCUUUGUGAUAUUUAUCACCACAAUCAGCUUUCAAAGAAAGAGUUGUACGCUGCGGUCACGGAGAUCCAGCUGGGUGCGAUAGAGACGACAGCGAACAGCUUAAUGUGGAUUCUCUACAAUUUAUCCCGUAAUCCCCAUGUGCAACAAAAACUUCUUAAGGAAAUUCAAAGUAUAUUGCCUGAAAAUCAGAUGCCGCGGGCAGAGGAUUUGAGGAAUAUGCCAUAUUUAAAAGCCUGUCUGAAAGAAUCUAUGAGGCUCACCCCGAGUGUGCCAUUUACAACUCGGACUCUUGACAAGCCGACGGUCCUGGGUGAAUAUGCUUUACCCAAAGGAACAGUGUUGACGCUAAAUACCCAGGUGUUGGGAUCCGAUGAAGAAAAUUUUGAAGACUCAAGUCAGUUUAGGCCUGAACGAUGGCUUCAAGAGAAGAACAAGAUCAAUCCCUUUGCGCACCUUCCAUUUGGCAUCGGGAAAAGAAUGUGCAUUGGCCGCCGAUUAGCCGAGCUCCAGCUCCACUUGGCUGUCUGCUGGAUCGUCCGCAAAUACGACAUCGUGGCCACGGACAACGAGCCUGUGGAGAUGCUGCACUCGGGCAUCCUGGUGCCCAGCCGGGAGCUCCCCAUCGCUUUCCGCCAGCGAUAA